CGCUUGAUUGAUCUGGGCGCUGUAAUCGUGGGAAAGAUGGGAACAGUACAGUUUGCCAAUGGCGACAAUCCCACGGCAGAUUGGGUGGACUUUCACUGCCCCUUUAAUCCGAGAGGAGAUGGCUACCAAGCUCCAGGUGGCUCCUCCUCUGGUCCGGGAGCCGGUAUGGGCUCAUAUGACUGGCUUGAUAUUGCCCCACAGUGGAAGAACUUCAUCGAGAUCCACAGCUCCGGUCGAAGGUCGAUUGGCAUAGAGACCUUGCAUUCCUCCGCCAUAGAUACAGCAGGUGUAUUCGCGCGCAAUGUGGAAACCUGGCAUACAGUGAUUCAUGCUUGGUAUCAAAACUUUACUGAUUAUCAAAGGUAUCCGAAGCGGUUCUACUAUGCAGAUCCUUCUUUCCCAAAUGUGAGUACCGAUGCUGGAGCGCUUCUCAAAAGCUUCGUCGUCAAGUUGGAAAAAUUCCUGGGUACGAAGAGGGAGCACGUGGAUAUCGCCACACACUGGGAGAAUACUCAUCCCUCUGACGCACCGAGUGACAUAUCGGAUCUCUUGAACACGGUAAGGAACCUACUACCUUUCGCUCUCACUGCUGAUUUGAUGCAGACAUAUGCUACCCUCGUCUCGGUCUAUCAAUACGAGCAUCUCGCUCUUCCGUUUUAUGCAGACUAUGCUAAGAAGCACGACGGUCGCCAUCCCUUUAUCAAUCCAGGACCUUUGGCCCGAUGGACAUGGGGUCAGGAUAAUGAAGGGGACGCAGGCUAUCAGGUAGCAUUGACGAACAAGACCAUUUUCAAAAACUGGUGGGAAACAGAUGGGUUCGGAGUGGCUCACAAAGAAACCUGCUCUGAGGGCAUUUAUCUGUACCCGUACACUACGGGCGAAACACAAUACCGCAAUGUAGGUCGAGAAUACCUUUUGUUGAAAGGUUUCCCGGCUGACUUUUGGUUUAGUGCUCCUACAGCGUCGCCAAUGGGUUUCUCUGACGGACGGAUUGGACCACUGGCUGGUGUACCUGAUUUCGUCGUGCCCGUUAAAGAGGUUCCUUACAACUCUACUAUCUCACUCAAGACCGAGUAUAUGCCGAUUACCGUGAGCUUUGUAGCAUCUCGGGGCUGUGAUUUCAUGUUGGUGAAUCUCAUUCGUGAAUUAGAGGAGGCGGGUGUUCUAAAGCCAGUGAUGACGGGAACACGGAUGUACCCUCAGUAA